AUGAAUACACCUGAUGGAACUGUUUUCCACCAAGCCUAUGCACACGACGACAAGGGUCUUGAAAACGAAGCUAUGGCUCUCCUCCUAGAUGGAAAAGAACUAUUCCUCGAGAAGGAUUUGUUCUUCAGCAAUCAUAUGGACUCGAAGACUGCGUCGGCAGUAUUGAUAUACGCUGAUGAGGGAAAGGGUUUCCUCGAUUCGCGGGACUCGAACGGCAAAAUCGAUACACUGGAAGUGGGACCGGAGACAGGGAAUGGGUUGAGGAUUCUUGUUUUGGAUGAAGGGAGGGAUACAUUUGUUCACCAGGAUGUGCAGAUGAGGAGGUUUUUUCAGGUGUGGAAGGAUCAUGUUUCUGAUGCGUUGAAGCAUUGA